GAGCGAGAAACAGACUCGACGAGCGCUUACUUUCAACAGCUGUCCCUUUCGCAAUCUGCUCGUCGUGCCUGUCUCAAUUUCAACUCGAAGCGAGGUCGAAGAGAUGUCGGAUUCGAAGAAAAAGGUGGUUCUGGCGUACAGCGGCGGUCUAGAUACCUCCUGCAUACUGUUCUGGCUGAGAGAAAAAGGAUUCCAAGUUGUCGCUUACGUGGCAAACAUCGGGCAAAAUGAAGACUUCGACGCGGUGCGAGAGAAGGCGCUUAAAAUCGGCGCGAUUAAGGUUGUGAUAGAUGAUGUCAAGGAAGCAUUCGUCACUUCUUACGUGUGGCCCGCAGUGUCCUGCGGUUUGCUCUAUGAGGGAAGAUAUCUUUUAGGCACGUCUAUAGCACGACCGUGUAUCAGCCAAGGUCUGAUAAGGACGGCGAGAGCGGAAAAUGCCGGUAUCAUAGCGCAUGGAGCAACCGGGAAAGGCAACGAUCAAGUUCGCUUUGAGCUGAGCUGCUACAGCCUUUGUCCCAAUAUCAAGAUCUUGGCGCCGUGGAGGGAACAUGAAUUUUACACCAGGUUCCAAGGAAGACCGGACUUGUUGGAGUACGCCCGACAAAAUGGAAUUCCGACCUCGGCGACGCCGAAGGAACCGUGGAGCACCGAUGCUAAUCUCGUGCACGUUAGCUACGAAUCGGGAGUGUUGGAAAAUCCUGCGAAGCCCGCACCGAGAGACCUCUACAAAAUGACCACUGAUCCCGUGGACGCCGUUUCGCAGGCGGAAGAAAUCGAAAUCGAUUUCAAACACGGAUAUCCGUCCAUCGUGAGAAACCGGAAGAAUGGACGGAUGUUCGACGCUCCCCUGGCGAUAAUCGAGUAUCUCAACGAAGUCGGUGGCGCGCACGGUAUCGGGAGAGUCGACAUCGUGGAAAAUCGAUACAUCGGACUGAAAUCUCGUGGAAUUUACGAGUCACCAGGCGCGAAGAUCCUGCACGUCGCGCACCAGGACUUGGAGGUGUUCGCGUUAGACCGCGAGGUUCUGAGGGUCAAGUCCUAUCUGACGGACAGGAUGUCGGAUUACGUGUACAACGGUUUCUGGUUCUCGCCCGAGUGUGACUUUGUGCGGGAGAGCAUUCUUUACUCGCAGAAAUACGUGAACGGCACAGUGAAGCUGCGAUUGUACAGAGGAAACGUCAUGGCGAUUGGCAGGUCGAGCGAGGUUUCCUUGUACAACGAAAAUCUCGUCUCGAUGGAUGUGCAGGGAGACUUUGAGCCCGCGGACGCCACGGGAUUCAUUCGCACGCAGGCUCUGAGGCUGAAGGAGUUCCAUCGCUUUAACGAGCAACGAGACAUAUCUAAGUGAGAGGAAAAGAGAGAGAGAGAAAGACACCUGUUAUACUUAGGCGCGGGUCUCGAAUAAAAAUAAAAGGCACUCCGCUGCUUAACCCAA